UCAUUUUGUCAGUCAGUCAUUCAUAGUAACAAAGAAAAACAGUUGUUAAAGCUACAGUCAGUCCAUAUCAAGAUGAUCAGAAUCUGCCUUCUUUGGGGACUUCUCUCUCAAGUGUACCUGAUUCAGACUGAAGAUGCUCCUCAACCAAUACCAGUGACUACUCGUCUAUUUGGAGACAAUGUAUCUUUGCCAUGUCCUAAAGCGGCAUCUCAACAAUUCCUGUACUGGUACAGACAAACUGUUGGCCAACUGCCCCAUCUUGUCGCAUCUGUAAACUAUGCAUCAGAACCUGUACUUAAAGGAGAGUUUAAGAACCCACGUUUCCAUGUGGAGGAAUCUCAAUAUGUGUAUAAUCUCAUUAUCAGAAAUAUCAGCACAUUAGAUGAGGCAACAUACUUUUGUGGAAUUGGGACAAUGUAUGGGAUGAACUAUGGACAUGCAACAUUUUUGGCUGUGAAGGGACACAAUCACCCUACAUUGGUGCAGCAACCAGUUUCUGAUCCAGUCCAUCCAGGACACACUGUGACUCUACAGUGUACAGUACUCUCUGAGACCUGUACAGGAGAACACAGUGUGUACUGGUUCAGAGCCGGAUCUGGAGAAUCCCAUCCAGGAGUCAUUUACACCCCUGGGAACAUGAGUGAUGAGUGUAAGAAGAGCCCUGAGACUCCCUCUCGAACACAGAGCUGUGUCUACAGCCUCUCCAAGAACAAUCUCAGUCUCGCUGAUGCUGGGACUUACUACUGUGCUGUGGCCACAUGUGGGGAGAUCCUGUUUGGCAACGGAACAAACAUAAAUAUUGAAAGAUCGCUGGAUCAUGUAGUCAUUGGACUGGGUGUGACAUCAGUUUUCUGUGUGAUUGUGAUCAUUAUCCUCGUCUUCACCAGAAAUACAAAGCCAAUUUCUGAACAUUAUAAAGUGAGUGUUGCUCAGCAUAUUGGACAUGACAACUCAACCACUGAAUGUGAUCAGGAUAAAGAUGGAGUUAUGUUGAAGUAUGCUGCAUUGCAUUUCUCUGAGAGGAAAACUAAAAGAGGAAGAAAGAAGAGAGAGACACCACAGGAGAGUGUGUACUCUGAUGUUAGGCACUCAGACUGGGACUGAAUGUUGCUUAUAUGCAGAGGAAUGGAUGUAGUUUGGUCAAUAAACUUUUCUUAAUAUAUAAUGUAUUUAAACAGUCAUGAUAUUUUACCCUUAUUAAUGAUACAGUGACAUUUUCUAUCAAGCAAGACAGUGGCAGAAUUUUCCCUUUACCCAUCAUGAGGUUGCUACAACCUAGCCUAUGAAUGAAAGUUUACAACAUUGGUGGACACAAGUCCAGAUAAAGAUUUGAGGUGACAGACACUGACACAUGGGCAGACAGGGACACAUUCAAUACCGCCUUGCACACUUUUGCCUGCAUCUAUCUGAUCUAGUGUGUAGUCAUUAGUCCAACAGUUACAAACAAGUGUGUCUAUUGGGAAAAUUCAGGUAUAUUUAUUAUAGUUUCGUUCCGUUUGCUUCCGUUGAAGAUUUGCUUUAACAGAAUCUGCGGAAUGAAUACACCACUGAUCACACUCAAACAGCUCACUUUCAUAACCACAUAAAAACAGCUUGUUGUAUUCCUUCUCACAUCUACGCUCUCUCCUCCUCUCACCUUUUAGUUUCGCUUAUGGACUUCAAUGCACAACACAUUAGCUGUCUGUGACCAGGUGAAAAAACCUUUCCAAACCAAACCUUCAUGUCAUAACCGCUACACACAGCACACAUCGUUGUCAUCAUAUUAGUUAAAGUAACAUCAUAGUCAACAUGGCUAAUAGAACUAACAAGAUAUUUAACCCGCUACAAGUAAAGGUAAGCUUUUUGUUUUACUAAUUAGUAAAACAAAAAGCUUACCUUUACUUGAAAGAGUUCCAAUUUUGCAUAGUAAAGCCAGCUAACUAACAUAGCAUCCCUCUGUUUGAGCUGGGUGUUUGAGUAGGCAAAACAAGCUAGCUGCAUUUGCUAGCUAAGUAAGUGAAAGUGAAAAAAAUACCAAAUAUCUCUCUCUCUCUCUCUCUCUCCAUCCUCAUAAAUUUUUUAAGAAAGUAAUUUGUUCAAAACUGUUGUCUUUCUCUCUCUUUCAGUCAACUACUCACCACAUUUUAUGCACUGCAGUGCUAGCUAGCUGUAGCUUAUGCUUUCAGUAAUAGAUUAAUUCUCUGAUCCGUUGAUUGGGUGGACAGCAUUUCAGUUAAUAAUACAAGAACUCUGAUGAGUUGGAGGAUGUCCUCUGGAAGUUGUCAUAAUUACUAUGUAAUUCUAUGGUAGGCGGUGAGAAACAUGAGACUCCUACGUUUGUAUUGAAGUCAAUGUACCCAGAGGAAGACGGAAUCUAGCUGUCCUCCAGCUACACAAUGGUGCUUACCCUAGAGAGUGCUGUUGAGGCUACUGUAGAUCUUCAUUGCAAAACAGUGUGUUUUAAUCAAUUACUUGGUGACGUGAAUAUAUUUUGUAUCGUUUAAUCUAAAAAGUAUAACUUUUUAAUGUUUCACUAUUUCAUUUUUUAUGAAAUUCACUGAGAACUGUCCUCCCCUUCCUCCUCUGAGGAGCCUCCACUGAUGUAAGAAGCUCAUUCUUCUAGGAGCGUUCUCUGUCAGAGCAACACUGUUAUGGAACGGAUUGUCCUGUCAGGUAGAAGGCCAGAAACCAUUGAGGACUUUAAAUCACUCCUGAAAAACCCAGCUUUUUAGUUUGGCCUUUAAUCUGUGAUUGUAUUGUUAUUUUAGACUUCCUUAGUGAUUCUAUGUCCUCCUCUUGUAUCGUAUCAAUUGUAUAUCAGCCCAUUGCUUAGACAUACUGUUUAACUGUGAGCCAACUCAGUGGCCUUGUGCUUAGUGUCCUCCUUGAGAUAAGAAGGUUGAGGGUUUGAUCCCUGGUCGAGUCACACAAUUACUCUAAAAAUGGGACCGGAUGCCUCUCUGUUUGGCACUCAUCAUAAAGGAGAUGGAUUGGGUUAAGUGUCCUGUCCAGGAUGUGUACUUGUACAUGAAGCUGCAUUCCGCUAUAGAAUCGGGAGAUAGGCUCCUGCCGCUAUGAGGCAUUCUGGCUUGAACAAGGAUUAAUUACUUACCUAUUGUUAUAUUGUAAAGUUUGAUGCAAUUUAAAGGAAUUUCAAAUAAAAUUAGAGUUGAUCAGCCCCCAUUUGAAGUAAUUUUUCUCUAUUUGCAAUAAUGUUUGAUUGUAUUAUGGUUCUAUUUUUAUUGUUUUAAUAAUUUUUGCCAAAUGUAUGAUUGUUGUGGUAUUUAUUGUAACCCAUGAAACAAACAAUGAGAUACUAUAACUUCUUAAGCAUUGUAUAUAUUGUAUGUUAAUUACAUUCUACAGUAUUUAUUGAGUUCCAACAGCGUACUGUAAUUACAGGU